AUGGCGGAAGCGACUCUUUUAGUGUCUCAGGAUCAGUUCAUCUGUUCAAUCUGUCUGGAUUUACUGAAGGAUCCAGUGACCAUUCCCUGUGGACACAGUUACUGUAUGAGCUGUAUUACAAACUGCUGGAAUCAAGAUGAUCAGAAGAGAAACUACAGCUGCCCUCAAUGCAGACAGACCUUCAAUACAAGACCUGAUUUAUAUAAAAAUGUGGUGUUUGCUCAGAUGGUGGAGAUGCUGAAGAAGACAAAACUUCAGACUGAUCGAUCUGCUCUCAGUUCUGCUGGACCUGAAGAUGUGGAGUGUGACGUCUGUACUGAGAGAAAACACAAAGCUAUCAAGUCCUGUCUGGUGUGUCUGAACUCUUACUGUCAAACUCACUUUGAAAGACAUGAAGAACUUCAAUCAGGUAGACGACACAAAGUGAUUGAUGUGACAGGAAGACUUCAGGAGAUGAUCUGCUCUCAACAUGACAAACUCAUCGAGGUUUACUGUCGCACUGAUCAGAGAUGUAUUUGUUUGCUUUGUUUGGUGGAUGAACAUAAAAAUCACGACACUGUAUCAGCUGCAGCAGAGAGAACUGAGAAACAGAGAUUACUGGAGGACAAGCAGAGAAAACUCCAUCAGAGAAUCCAGGAGAAAGAGAAGAAGCUUCAGGAUCUAAGAGAGGCUGUGAAGAUUCACACGAUCUCUGCACAGACAGCAGUGGACGACACCGAGAGGAUCUUUACUCAACUGAUCCGAUCCAUUGAGAGAAGACGAUCUGAGGUGAUACAACUGAUCAGAGAUCAGGAAAAGACUGCAGUGAGUGAAGCUGAAGAUCUCUUGAAGAAACUGAAGCAGGAGAUUGAUGAUCUGAGGAGGAGAAAUGAUGAGAUGGAGAAACUUUCACAAACAAAAGAUCACAUCAGUUUCCUUCAGAGUUUUCAGUCUCUCGCUUCAUCUUCUGGAUCUUCAGACAACAUCACUGUCUGUUCUCUUCUCUCUUUUGAUGAUGUGAUGAAAUCUGUCACUAAACUGAAAGAAAAGAUGGAGGAUUUCUGUAAAGAAGAGAUUAAAAAGAUAUCUGAGAAAGAAAUGAUUCCCACCGAUGAACCCAAGAUCAGAGAGGAGUUCCUAAAGUAUUUCAGGCUCUCUCUAGACCCAAACACAGCACACAGGUGGAUCCGUCUGUCUGAGGAGAACACAGCGGCUACUGGCACUGACACAGAUCAGCCGUAUCCUGAUCAUCCAGACAGAUUUGAUGGUUGGCCUCAGGUGUUGUGUAGAGAGAGUUUAUGUGGACGCUGUUACUGGGAGAUUGAGUGGAGUAGUUGUGUGUUUAUAUCAGUGUCAUAUAAGAGCAUCAGCAGGAAGAGAAAAGGUCAUGAGUCUUUAUUUGGACGUAAUGAUCAGUCCUGGAGUUUGUUCUGUUGUCCCUCUGGAUGUUCAUUUGUUCACAAUAAUAUAGAGACAGAUCUCCCAGUAGUCUCCAGUAAAAUAGGAGUUUAUGUGGAUCACAGUUCAGGAUCUCUGUCCUUCUACAGCGUCUCUGACACAAUGACCCUCAUCCACAGAGUCAACACCACAUUCACUAAACCUCUCUAUCCUGGGUUUUACUUGUAUAACAGCUCAACAGUGAAACUAUGUCAUAUCUAA